UUCAUAACACUCAUGUGGUUCCAUCAAUGCCAAGUGGGCUUCAUGGCCCAUUCCGAACGUUCUUCUCUUCCGACCAACUCUACCUCCAAAACGUGACAAACAAGAUUUUCCAAAUAAAAAAUACUAAGAAACCAAUCCUCAAACGUUCGAAUUUCAAAUUUGUGUUUCUAGCACUAUAAAAUUGACCAAACCAAAAAGUUAGUCCUUUACUAAUACAAAGUCUUGUUGCCAAGUCCUCAAUUUGGUCAAUCAUUCAAACAACCCAAAAACAAUUCAUGAACCUUCCUCUUCCUCAUCUUUCUUAACCUUAACAAACAACCUCAACUUUUUCAUAUAAAAUCUCAAAAUCUCAAAACCUCGAAAAACAAAACAACAUAGUUUUCUUCGAAGAUAUGCAAGACACGAACGUUAACCAACAAGCGAAAGAAAGUUUGCUACUUCCGCCAAAGAUGUCGGUCUCCGGACAAAACAAGAACGAGGGCUACUUGCCGAUGUCUCAGCGGUUCAGACCGGUUUGCACGUGUUCGAACCGGCCCGGUUCGGUUCGAUGUGCGCGACAUGGGUAUGUUGUACCGGGGGAAAGGAUGAAGAAGCGCGUUGCGAGCAAAGAGAUUUUGAGAAGAGCUUUAAUGCCACCGCCGAAACGGUUAGCACUUAGAUGGUUGAAUUUCAAACCAACACCAAGUAGACUCUCUGUCAUGUCUUUGGCUUCAUGAUCUCUCUCUCUCUUUCUUUCUCUCUCCUAAUUUAUGUUCUUUUUUUAGUUUUUGUUUGGAUGAUUGUACAAGUUUAACGAUCUAGUUAGAUUAGAUGAUGAUGAUGAUGUAUGUGUAUAUUUAAUUUUAUAAAUUUUUGGUUUUUGCAA